AUGGCCCAGCUUCCCCCUGGCAUUCGCUUCAUCAUCUCGUUCUCCAGGGAUCAGUGGUACAGAGCCUUCAUUUUUAUUUUGACAUUUUUGCUGUAUGCAAGUUUUCACUUAUCUCGAAAGCCUAUCAGCAUAGUUAAGGGUGAAUUGCACAGCUACUGCACGGCUUCAAAUGAUGGGAAAGUCGGAAUCAGCAGCCAGAGCCAAAAAGUCAGAGAUGCCCCUGCUCACCAGCUCCCAGACAAUGGGACCAACUGUGGCUGGGCCCCGUUUGAUGAGGACAACUAUCAGCAGCUGCUCGGAGCCCUGGACUACUCCUUCUUGUGCGCGUACGCCGUCGGCAUGUACCUGAGUGGCAUAAUAGGGGAACGCCUUCCCAUCCGGUAUUACCUAACCUUCGGAAUGCUGGCCAGCGGUGCCUUUACUGCCCUGUUUGGGGUAGGAUACUUCUACAACAUCCACAGUUUCGGGUUCUACGUGAUAACUCAGAUCAUCAAUGGACUUGUGCAGACCACCGGCUGGCCCAGCGUUGUCACCUGCCUCGGGAACUGGUUUGGAAAAGGCAGGCGAGGUUUGAUUAUGGGAGUCUGGAACUCUCACACAUCCGUAGGCAACAUCCUGGGCUCCUUGAUCGCUGGCUACUGGGUGUCCACGUGCUGGGGCCUGUCCUUCAUCGUGCCUGGGGCCAUUGUGGCUGCCAUGGGGAUCCUGUGCUUUCUGUUUCUCAUCGAACAUCCAAAGGACAUUGCCUGCUCUUCCUCCCCGGCCAUGUAUCCAAGAGGCUACGAGAAUGGUGCGCACAGGUUCCGGCCGCAGAAGCCAGUCCCAGCCGAGAAGCCUCUGGACCCAGAGAUGCAGCGUCUACUACUGUCGGAUGGGAAACACUCUGGCCACCAGAACCACGUGGUCAUCCUCCCGGCAGACGGUGGGGGCGGCAUGGCAGCCAUCAGCUUCACAGGAGCUCUGAAGAUUCCCGGUGUGAUAGAAUUCUCUCUGUGUCUGCUGUUUGCGAAACUGGUCAGCUACACAUUCCUUUUCUGGCUUCCACUCUACAUCACAAGUGUAGAUCACCUUGAUGUCAAGAAGGCCGGGGAGCUCUCCACCUUGUUCGACGUGGGUGGGAUCUUCGGUGGGAUCCUGGCAGGUGUGAUCUCCGAUCGCCUGGAGAAAAGGGCCUCCACCUGCGGCCUGAUGCUGCUGCUCGCGGCCCCGACGCUCUACGCGUUCUCCUCCAUCAGCAAAAUGGGGCUGGAAGCCACCAUAGCCAUGCUGCUCCUCAGCGGGGCCCUGGUCAGCGGGCCGUACGCACUAAUCACAACUGCCGUGUCCGCCGACCUGGGGACACAUAAAAGCCUGAAGGGAAACUCCCAUGCCCUGGCCACCGUGACUGCCAUCAUCGACGGAACCGGGUCUGUAGGAGCAGCGCUGGGCCCGCUCCUGGCAGGGCUCAUCUCCCCAUCAGGAUGGAACAACGUGUUCUACAUGCUCAUGUUCGCAGACGCCUGUGCCUUACUGUUUCUGAUUCGCCUCAUACACAAGGAGCUGAGCUGCCCAGGGUCAGCGACAGGAGACCAGGUUCCGUUUAAGGAGCACUGA